AUGGCUCCGCAAUCCCAGGCGCCUCCGCAUGGCUCCCCUCAAGGUAGCGGCAAUGCGGACACACGAAGCGCUCCUCGGACGAACUUUGCGUCGCGAGGGCUUAAAGAGCGCUUGCCUCACGGCUGGACCGGGAACAUGAUAGCAGCAACAGGGGCCGUUCUAGCUAGCGUUGGCCUGGCAUGGGCAGUCUACUCUGGUAUUGCUGCCUUGAGACUCCAGUUCUGGACAGCCGGUAACGAUGCACUGGACACCUGUCUUUCGCUUCGCAGUCAGCAGCUGUAUUCUGCUUACUGCAACAGCACAAUUGCCGCAGGACUCGAGCGACCACCGGUCGUCAAGCGAAAGCUCCUUGGGGAGGUCGCGAAGGCAGUGCAAGCUGGAGGCCAUUGGUUCGCCUUGCAAUUCUCAGCUGCGGCGUUCAUCACUAUAACCUGCGGAAUAUGGGCCAUACGUUACAUUCAUGCCCGCCACAACUUGAACCGCCGCCUCGAGCACGUGACACCUGAUUACCGUGUUUCAGCUACCAGACUCCACCGCCACUCGCCUCGCAGGGAAGUGACUUCCGGCUUCGAGGAGGUAUACCGGAUCUGGCGUUCUUUGACCAAGCGGCCGUUUACUGCCGAGCGCGACAAAACGAAGACAACUUUCGAGAGGUCGAAAGCGAACGUCAGCGCAAACUACUAUACGCAUGGCGCCAAUAUAAGCAGCUGGCCACAAACUCAUAUUGACAAGGCGACUCUUCGGAUCAUCGAUGAUAUGGCGAUUCCAGAUACGCCGUGCGAUGAGUAUCUCCCUGCGGUCUAUGUCGCGCUAACGGACUGGCUAUGGAAUCGUCGAAGUGUUUACGACUUGCCGGCGAGCGAUGAAUUACCAGAACUGACAGCCAUGGCACUUUUGACCGACGAGGAGUUUGCCUACCACACCCUUCGCGCUUAUAGUGCAAUUCAAACGUUCAUGUGCGCUGAGAACCACUCGCUCGGAUCUCAUCUGCAUAGUGAAGAAGGGUGGCCGGCACAGCAGCUCGACCGAUCAGAGAUAUCUGAGAUGGAGAAAAAGUGCCAACGGUUCAUAGCAAUUUUGAUCACCGCGAUUGACAUGCGGCUCUCUCGAGAGACUACGAUUCUCGACCACUGGUUCUGCAACAACACCGAGAGCUGUGAGCGCUUUAAAGACGAGGCGAAGUGUCUCUCGAUGCUCAAAGAAACCCUGAAGAAAUGGACGAAGACGGACAGCGGCUGGCCACGCAGGCCGUACGACUUCCUCACCAGCCCCCGAGCAUUUCGGGACGGAGCGCGCGAGAUCGUCUUCGUAGGAUACCUGAACGGAGUGGAUCUCUCGCCCGACGCGGAUGUCCCUCGUCUUCACGAGGUCUGGCCGGAAUUCCACACAAUCGCACUGGACCUCGAAUACUCUAUCAUGCUCAGGACCCGACCACAGUUCGCUCAACUCAAGUCUUCGAAGACCUCCUAUGCUCACGUCGACUGCCUCCCGAGCAUUGUCACGUUAGCGGAGGAGCUGGGGGCACGUCUCACGGAGGACGCAGCACCGUCCACUGACGAGUCACAGAUCUCGUUAAUGGCAUUUUGCAAAGACAAAGCCUCACAAAUGGACCAGGAGUCAGUCGAUUUCGAAACUCACAGCCAUGGACAGGACGAGGCCGAUGGGAACUCCGUCGCAGCACCGGCAGACGAGGACAUGCGUGUGGGCGAAGCUGCGCUGCGACGCACCAGAGUUGAGAACCAGGGGUGUUUGAAGUGCGCCGCGAGGCCAAUCGAUCUUGGCCGCUCAGCCACCAUCUGA